AUGGCUGAGAACGCCGAGGUUUCCCUUCCGGUCGCCGAGGCGACCAUCAACCCUCUCCCCAAGUUGGGGAUCCACCGUCCGGUCCGAAAGGACCUUGGAAAGAAGCUUGCUUCUUUCCACAUGUUCAACCAGCUCCCGCAGGAGCUGCAAGAUGAGAUUUGGACUGCCGCCGUCCAAACUCCAACUGUCCUCGCACCCGAGCGGGUGACAGAAGAAGGGCUUGUCCGCUGGGACAAGCAGGCCGUUUGGUCCUUCCAAGGGAUGGACCCGCACACCCUCAGCCAGGUGUGCAGAGACUCAAGGGACGUGGUCAAGAAAAACUGCGUCACCAUCCGGGGGAAGGCCGACACCCCCAUCACGACCAAGGGGCCGGUCGUGUAUGCGAACAUCAACGCCACGAUGUUCGUCCUUGGCGACCUUACCGUAGAAGGGCACUCCUUUUACGCGAACGACAUCGCCAAAAUGCAAUAUGUUACGAUCGAGGGUCGUAACGCUGGCUUCUGUUGGGUCCCAGACCCGUACAACCUCCAACCUGGGCCAGCAUCAGGAGCUUUGGCAAUCCUUGCACCCUUGGCCAGGGACAUCAAGGCCGUCUUCGUACAUCAUAAGCUAUCUAUCAGCGCCUCCGAGGACCCAGUGCGCAUCGCCCAGGAUCUCGACAUGUUCGUCACCCCUGACCCGGCCUCCUUCGUCGACGGCAUUCGACCGCUGAAUGCAGAUCUGUUCUCAUAUCUCUCGCGUUUUGUGGGCUAUGAUGGCCCUGAAAUUAAUGACGAGCGGCGCUGCACUUACGUGCAGCAUAAAGAGAGAGAGCUGUCGAAGCUCCUCUUUGUCGCCGAGGAUGCCUUCCCCAAUGGGUCGCCACCAAUUCAUUUCUUGCCGCUCUUCUCCCCUUACCGGGAGUACUUUGCCGACGCAAGCCAGGAUCGGCCCAUUCAACAUGCCGCUUGCCAUCACGAGCUAAAAGCUCGUGACGAGGUUACCGAUGACGAGGGUAACAAGAUUUGCCGGCCCCCGUCAGCCAUGACGGAAACUCAGGCGUUGCUGACUUCCCGGCAGGAGGAAAUGGACGACUACGAGGCGGCGAUGCUGGCCGCCUGGCCUGAAGAAUGGAUGUAG